AUGAAGGGUGUGUGGCCUCUGUUGGUGGUGCUCUGCUUACUAAUAGACUGCAUCAAUGGGGAAGAUGCAUAUGUGUUCUUUACUUGGAAUGUGACUUAUGGUGAUAUCUACCCUUUUGGUGUGAAACAACAGGGGAUUUUGAUAAAUGGACAGUUCCCGGGGCCACAGAUUGAUUCUGUGACCAAUGACAAUCUCAUUAUCAGUGUUUUCAACAGUUUGGACGAGCCAUUUCUUCUCUCCUGGAAUGGUGUGCAGCAGAGAAGGAACUCAUGGCAGGAUGGAGUCUAUGGCACCAACUGUCCCAUCCCACCAGGGCAAAACUUCACUUACGUCCUCCAAGUCAAAGACCAGAUUGGUAGCUUUUUCUACUUCCCCUCCCUGGCUUUCCACAAAGCUGCAGGAGGGUUCGGUGGCAUCAAAAUCUCCAGUCGCUCUGUGAUUCCCGUUCCAUUCCCUCCACCUGCAGGAGAUUUCACCAUACUGGCCGGGGACUGGUUUAAGCAAAAUCACACUGAUUUAAAAGCAAUUUUGGAUAGUGGACAUGAUCUUCCCUUCCCUGAUGGUCUUCUUAUAAAUGGUCGUGGUUCAAAUGGUUACACCUUCACAGUUGAUCAAGGCAAGACUUAUAGGUUCAGGAUAUCAAAUGUUGGGCUUACAACUUCCUUCAAUUUUAGGAUCGAGGGUCACAAGAUGCUGCUGGUUGAAGUAGAAGGGACUCACACAUUGCAGAACACAUAUGAUUCCUUUGAUAUCCAUCUGGGGCAGUCUGUCUCUAUCUUGUUAACAGCUGACCAACCUGCAAAGGCUUACAGUAUAGUCGUUUCAACCCGUUUUACAUCUCAAGUGCUCACAGCUACCUCUGUCCUUAAAUACAGUAACUCAGGAGGAAGUGUUCCUGGUCUUCCCCCCGGUGGACCAACCACUGAGAUUGACUGGUCUCUUAAUCAAGCCCGAUCUAUUAGGCAAAAUUUAACAGCUAGCGGUCCAAGACCUAAUCCCCAAGGCUCUUAUCACUAUGGAUUGGUUAACACCACCCGAACAAUUAGGCUUGCAAACUCUGCUCCCAUCAUCAAUGGCAAGCAGAGGUAUGCAGUCAAUAGCGUGUCAUUCAUCCCAGCAGAUACACCACUUAAACUGGCUGACUACUUCAGUAUUUCGGGGGUCUUCAACCUCGGUAGCAUCCCAGACAACCCCACUGGUGGUGGCGGUUACCUUCAGACUUCUGUCAUGGCUGCUGAUUUUAGAGGCUUUGUUGAGGUUGUGUUUGAAAACUCAGAGGAUACUGUGCAGUCAUGGCACAUUGAUGGCCACAUCUUCUUUGUUGUAGGGAUGGAUGGAGGACAGUGGUCAUCUUCAAGCAGAUUAAGUUACAACUUAAGAGAUGGAAUUUCUCGUAGCACAAUUCAGGUGUAUCCCAAGUCAUGGACUGCACUGUACAUGCCUUUGGACAACGUUGGAAUGUGGAACAUUAGAUCUGCAAAUUGGGUUCGCCAAUACUUAGGUCAACAGUUCUAUCUUCGUGUUUAUUCCCCAGCAAAUUCGUGGAGAGACGAAUAUCCCAUCCCAAAGAAUGCUCUUCUCUGUGGACGGGCUUCUGGUCGUAAAACUCGACCUCUAUAAAAGUGAACAAUUUCUUAAAAGUCACGAAGGGGUGACUGGUUUUCUGAAGAUAUCGAGGCAGCUUAACUUGAGCUUCUCUUUUUCAUUUUUUUGCGGGCAACUGUUUCGUACUUAUUUGUAACCGUAUUAGUAUUCAUCAUAUCAUGUUAAUUACUGAUUACUAUUGUGUUCUCUUCAUCACUUUAUUUCACAAUCAGAUGAUUUUGAUUAUUCUUGGAAUGAUUUGUUCUUGAAAAGUAUACGAAUCGUGGAGGAGGUACUUCAC